GUGUGUUUGGGCCCUAAUAGCUCAUGUGUAAUAUAAGGUGCUAUCUGGCUUCGGCUCAAGCACUUCGAAGAGAACUUUGCCCAGGACACACUGGAGAGAGCCAAGAUGGGGAGAAGGCGGUUCUCGGGUUUGGAGGUGAUCUUAAUGGUCAUUUUCGCAUUGAUGUUUGCAAUAGCGAUUGCUUUAUUGGUUCUUUUUGUUACGGGCGUACCUGGGACCAUCAAGGAUGAGACAACAGAGGUGUUUGUUCCACAGUGCCCAAAUAUUGCGCUUGCAGAAAGGGUAGACUGUUUCCCUGACGCUGGAGCCUCCAAGAGAAGAUGCCAGGAGCGUGGAUGUUGUUGGCAGCCUCUAGAUGAGCGAAACGUACCUUGGUGCUUCUUUUCCACCAACCAUGGAUACAUUGUUGAAUCAGUAGAGCAACCGGAUCCUUAUGUAAUGAAGGCACAUCUGAAGAGAAUGACAUCCCCUUCCUUGUUUGGAGCAGAUAUACAGGAACUGUCAUUUCAAGCUGAAAUGCAAUCAAGCAAUCGACUUCGUUUUAAGAUAUCUGACGCCCACAUGCAAAGGUUUGAGGUGCCCCAUGAACAUGUUAACAGCCUCAGCAAGCACCCGACCACUCCCAUUAACAACACUCUGGAGAUCACACACAAACCUUUUGGGCUGGUUGUGCGCAGGAAAGAGAACAACAAAGUCCUGUUUGACACAAGAAUGGGACCACUGGUGUUUGCAGACCAGUUUCUACAGCUGUCUGCCAAGCUUCCAUCUGAUAAUAUUUAUGGUCUCGGAGAGCAUGUACACAGACAGUUUCGCCAUGACAUCAACUGGAAGACCUGGCCUAUCUUCACCAGAGAUGCUUUUCCUAAUGGGGGAACACACAACCUCUACGGACACUAUCCCUUCUUCCUCUGUCUGGAAGACACAAGUGGAAAAUCAUUUGGGGUCUUCCUUAUGAACAGCAAUGCGAUGGAAGUGACUUUGCAACCUGCACCUGCAGUGACAUACAGAACAAUUGGAGGAAUUCUUGACUUCUAUGUUCUUUUUGGGGAUACACCAGAACAAGUGGUGCAGGAGUUUCUCGAGCUUAUUGGCAGGCCUGUCAUCCCGCCCUACUGGUCACUGGGAUUCCAGCUAUCUAGGUGGGACUAUGGUAGCUUGAGUGAGGUCAAGAAAACAGUGGAAAGGAAUCGUGAAGUGAACCUUCCAUAUGAAAUCCAGUAUACUGACAUUGACUACAUGGAGGAUAAGAAAGACUUCACUUAUGAUAAAGUCAAGUUUAGUGAGCUGCCUCAGUUUGCUGACUACCUUCACGAGAAGGGACAGAAAUACAUCCUCAUCCUGGAUCCCGCUAUUGCCACCAGCACACGAGUUGGGGGUGCGCCAUAUGAGUCAUUUGACCGUGGGACUGAAAAGAAAGCCUGGGUCACCGAAAAAGAUGGCAAUACACCUUUAUUGGGAGAGGUGUGGCCAGGAGAGACUGUGUUUCCAGAUUACACCAGCCAAAAUUGCAUCGACUGGUGGGUUGAUGAGUAUGAAAGAUUCUCGCGGAAGAUCAAACAUGAUGCCCUCUGGAUAGACAUGAAUGAAGUGGCUAACUUCAAGAAAGGAUCAACUAAGGGCUGUGACGAUAAUAACUUGAACUAUCCUCCUUACACUCCAAAGAUUAUAGAUGAGGUGAUGUAUAGUAAGACUCUGUGUAUGGAUGCCAAGCAGGCCUGGGGGAACCACUAUGAUGUUCACAGUCUCUAUGGCUACUCCAUGGUGCUGGCUACUGAAAAAGCUCUGCAGCGUGUGUUUGGUGGGAACCGUACUCUGAUGCUGACCCGCUCCUCCUUUCCGGGUGUAGGGAAAUAUUCAGGUCAUUGGCUGGGGGACAAUGCUGCCAACUGGAAUGACAUAAAAUGGGCCAUCCCCGGCAUGCUAGAGUUUGGUCUAUUUGGAAUUCCAUAUAUUGGAGCUGACAUCUGUGGAUUUUUUGACGACUCAAGUGAAGAAUUAUGCCGUCGCUGGAUGCAAGUGGGAGCUUUCUAUCCUUUCAGCCGCAACCACAAUGCUCAGGGCUACAAGCCUCAGGAUCCAGCAGCAUAUGGGGCAGGCUCACUUCUGGUGGAGAGCUCCAAACACUACCUGAGGAUUCGUUACACACUGCUUCCGUAUCUCUACACACUCUUCUUCAAAGCCAGCACCACAGGGGAGACCGUAGUACGUCCCCUCAUGCAUGAGUUUUACUCUGACAAAGCUACCUGGGAUGUGGAUCGCCAGUUUCUCUGGGGGAAACACUUGCUCAUCACACCUGUACUGGACCCGGGCGUGGUUAUGUUGGACGCAUAUAUCCCAGACGCUUUGUGGUAUGACUAUGAGACGAUGAAACCAUUGGCAGAGCGCAGACAAAAAAUUAAGCUGCAUCUACCGGGUGACAAGCUUGGUUUACAUAUAAGAGGCGGUGCUGUUCUCCCCACGCAGAAAGCAGCUGUCACCACCACAUACAGUCGACGCAAUCCAAUGGGUCUGAUUAUUGCUCUUGAUGACAAAGCCCAGGCUGCAGGGGAGCUUUUCUGGGAUGAUGGAGAUUCCAGAGACACUGUUAAAAAAGGAAACUACAUCCACUACAAAUUUACUGUUCUCCAUGGGGUACUCACCAUGCAGGUGAUGCAUGCUGGCUACAGGGAUCCCAACAACCUACAUUUUGAAAACAUCACAAUCUUAGGGGUUCCCCAUCCUCUUGUGUCUGCCUCUGUGACACACGUGGGCUCUGGGUCACAUGGAAACUCUACGACCAUUGUUCCAGAUUCCAGCAUAGAGCAUGAUGCAACCAAGGAGGUGCUGUUCAUACGACGCUUGUCUUUAACUCUGGGGGAGACGUAUCUUGUGCGUUGGGAGGUGGUGCAAGAGGAGUACCAGCGUGUUGACUGCCACCCCGAGGAGCAUGCGGAUGAGGCAAAGUGCAAGGGCCGAGGAUGCAUCUGGAAGACAAGCAACAUUGACCGGGUUCCAUGGUGCUACUAUCCAAAAGACUAUGGAUAUCAUGUCAGAUUAAAUGAAGGAACCAUGUCUGGCUUUUGGGUUGAAAUCAUUCGGAACAAAAGGUACCAGAGCAGGGCCCACUCGGAGUCUCGUGACAUUGACAUCCUCCAUGUUCAGGUCACCUACCACAGCAGUAGCAUGCUGCAGUUCAAGAUCUGGGACCCGGCCACUGAUCGUUAUGAGGUUCCAGUUCCGCUCUCUGUCCCAACUGUUCCAAAUACUAAUGAGGACGAACGGCUUUACAAAGUCCUUUAUAAAAGUGAUCCAUUUGGGAUCCAGGUCAUACGGAAAAGCACUGGGACCACAAUCUGGGACUCAGCUGUGCCAGGUUUUACCUUCACAGACAUGUUUAUUCAAGUAUCAACACGUCUCUCAUCCAAGUAUAUUUACGGCUUUGGUGAGACCGAACAUUCAACAUACAAACAUGACCUGAACUAUCACACCUGGGGUAUGUUCGCCAAAGACCAGCCUCCUGGAUACAAGAUGAACUGCUAUGGAGUCCAUCCAUUCUAUAUGGGCCUCGAGACCACUACUGAUGCUCAUGGUGUGCUGCUGCUAAACAGCAAUGCAAUGGAUGUGACUUUUCAACCUAUGCCAGCUUUAACCUACCGAACUGUGGGAGGCAUCCUAGAUUUCUACAUGGUCCUAGGACCUACACCUGAGAAUGUUGUCCAGCAGUACACUGCUCUGAUUGGAAGACCUGUUCUACCUGCUUAUUGGUCCCUCGGAUUUCAGCUAUGUCGGUAUGGAUAUGCUAAUGACAAGGAGAUAGCAGAUCUAUACACACAAAUGAGGGCAGCGGGUAUUCCCUACGACGUGCAGUAUGCAGAUAUUGAUUACAUGAAACAGCAGCUUGACUUUGUCCUGGACCCAGAGUUUGCUGGACUACCUUCCCUGGUUAAUGACAUGAGAAAAGAGGGCAUGAGGUUCAUCUUCAUUCUGGACCCAGCCAUUUCGGGCAAUGAGACCAAUUAUCCUGCCUAUGAUAGGGGUAAGGCCGCAGAUGUCUUCAUUAAAUGGCCGAAAAAACUUAGCGAUGACAUCGUGUGGGGAAAGGUUUGGCCUGAUUACCCAAAUGUUGCAGUAAAUGAGUCUCUGGACUGGGACACUCAAGUAGAGCUCUAUAGGGCUUACACUGCCUUCCCUGACUUCUUCCGUAAUGCAACGGCAAAGUGGUGGCAUCAAGAGAUCAUGGAUUUCUAUCAGACAACUAUCAAAUUUGAUGGCCUGUGGAUUGACAUGAAUGAACCUGCCAGUUUUGUGCAUGGCACAGUGGGGGGGCAGUGUCUGGGUGACCCUCUGCUUGAGAAGCCUCUAUAUAUGCCAUUCUUGGAAUCUAAACAUCUUGGAUUAAAUCAUAAGACUCUGUGCAUGAACAGCGAACAGAUCCUCAGUGACGGGACACCAGUCAGGCACUAUGAUGUCCACAGCCUCUAUGGCUGGUCCCACACAAAGCCUACUUAUGACGCCUUGUUGAAUGUGACUGGUAGACGAGGUAUAGUGGUGACAAGGUCCACUUACCCCUCCAGUGGAAAAUGGGCUGGGCAUUGGCUAGGUGACAACAAUGCCAGUUGGGACCAGUUGUAUAAAUCCAUAAUAGGUAUGAUGGAGUUCAGUCUGUUUGGCAUCCCGUAUACUGGGGCAGACAUAUGCGGGUUCUUCAAUACAGCUAAGUAUGAGAUGUGCCUUCGCUGGAUGCAGCUGGGUGCCUUCUAUCCAUAUUCACGAAACCAUAACGGCAAGGGCAACCCGAGACAAGAUCCUGUUGCCUGGAACUCCACUUUUGCAGAGGCAUCUCGGAAAGUCCUGAACAUUCGUUACACACUUCUGCCAUACCUGUACACACUCAUGUAUGAGGCUCAUACAGAAGGAAACACGGUUGUCAGACCACUUUUGCAUGAGUUUACGAAGGAGAGAACUACUUGGGAUAUUCACAAACAAUUUCUCUGGGGACCUGCUCUUCUUAUCACUCCGGCCCUUGAUCCGGGAGCUACACAAGUUGAAGCCUAUGUUCCUGAUGCACGCUGGUAUGAUUAUCAUACGGCCAAAGAUGUCAAAGUGCGUGGCAAAAAGGUCUGGAUGAACACACCAAUGGACCAUAUCAAUCUACACAUCAGAGGAGGAUACAUCUUACCUUGGCAAAAACCAGAGAACACAACAUACUACAGCCGAAAGAAUCCUUUGGGACUGAUCGUUGCCCUAAGUGACAAUGGGACUGCUCAAGGAUUGUUCUUCUGGGAUGACGGUGAUGGAAUAGACACGGUUGAAAAAAGACAAUAUCUACUGACCUCAUAUGCUGUGAAAUCGAACACUUUGUCAGGUAGAAUUCUCCACAGCGGCUUGUUUGAAGCCGACCAUUUGAUCCUUGGCAUAGUGAAAGUCUGGGGGAUCAGCACGACUAUCACAGAGGUGACUCUUACGGAUGUGACUGAAACAGUACAUCCUCUGACACCUCAGUAUAAUGCUGAUGCUCAGGAGCUGAUUAUAGAUGCAACUGCAAUUUCAGUCCGUGUGGAUCAAGGAUUUACCAUUACAUGGAGGGCCAGUGUCUAAGUAUGCAUUAUGUUUUGUUUUUGCACUUGGUGAAUAUUUAGCAUACUGUACAUAUGUCAAUUUAUACAAUUAGACAUUUUUAGGAAGUCGAAUUUCCUUUCUUAGGUGAUUCAUGUAAAUCUUGACAGACAUCAUUUGAACAAAUUAACACGAUAGAGCUGAAAUGUAUUUUCACAUUUUACCGAAAAGUCCGAAUUUCAAAUUUAAAACGUAACAUUUGUGUCUAACUAGCAAUUAGAAAUUGCCAUCUGUCGUUGUAGCUACGUCAAAUUUGAAAUGAAACUUUUACUUUUGUACAUGCUACAGGUUCAAUGUGUAAUGAAUUUUCUGCCUUUUGACAUUUGAUGUUUGGACAACAUGUAUUUGGAUGAAAACAAUGUUUGUACUGUUUUUCUUUUAUAAUUAUACUCUUAAAACUAACGUAGCGCAAGACUUUGGGAAAGAAGGUCUUCAAUGGGCACAUUUUCUCAUUAACAGUGAUUACCUUCAAGUGGAGUAAUUAACAUGCACCCAUUUGUAUGAUAUGAUUAGCUGUGGUAAUGAUUGGUUGAGUGAUUAGGAAAAAAAUAUAUUCCAAUAUGUAAGUGUAAUAGUGCAUAGGAGAGUGAAUCUACCGUAUUUUCCGCACUAUAAGGUGCACCUAAAAACCUCCAAUCUUCUCAAAAACCGACAGUGCGCCUUAUAAUCAGGUGCGCCUUAAAUAUGGACCAAUAUUGAGCCACUACAGCAGGCGUGUCCAAAGUCCGGCCCGCGGGCCAAAUGUAUAUAUUUUAUAUAUGGACAAAGUUUUAAAAUGGGCCAUUCAUUGAAGGUGCGCCUUAUAUAUGCACAAAGUUUUAAAUUGGGCCAUUCAUUGAAGGUGCGCCUUAUAAUCCGGUGCGCCUUAUAGUGCGGAAAAUACGCAAGUUAAAAGUAAUUAAAAAAUGCAUUACCUGCAUGUAUGAGUAAUACUCUGAAAUUACAUUUCUUUCACCACAAAGAAAUGCUUAAAAACCAUCUUCAUCCGUGCCAAGCAAGGAAGCAGAUGUUCAUGAUAAAAUUAUAAUAGGAAGCAGUGCUCAGUGGAACGAAUAUCUCAAGAGGUAUGCAUUUGAUAAGUGGAAAAGCUUUGAUUUAGGAAAGUCCUGAUGCAGUAACUGAUCCCCUUAAGCGGAAUUGUCAUAAACACAAUAAUAAACAUUAAAAAC